CCACGAUUCUCGACCCAAACAAAGCACCACCAACCGACGCCAAGGUCUUGCACAGGGGCCGGAGAGUAUUUAUCUGCAAGAACUAAUGGCAAUCACCAGAAUAUGAUGGCAUCCGAUGAUGAAAAAGGCAGCGAAGACUACAAUGAAGAAGGAGAGGAGGAGUAUUAUGAUCCAGAGGAGGAUGAGUUGGACAGCGAGGAAGAGGCGAAGGCUGAAGCUCACGCUGAGAUGCUGGCUAGGCGGAUGCGUGAGCAACUUCAAGCCGAGAUAGAAAAGGCCUACGCUAUUCCACCAGAGGACCCAAUCGUCUCGACGAUAAAACUCAUUCUUCAAGCUGCCGAAAGCAACGACCGCAUUCGGGUUACUCUCGAUGCCAUCCAUUUCACAAGAGAUCACAGCGUCUACGGUAUUCUCAAAGAAUCCCUUGAGGCUGGAGGGGUUUCGGAUACCUAUACUGGGAAAUUGGCUUCACUUUUAGAGGCCCUUGCAGACGGAACCACUCUGAAUGAGAUUGAACCUCUUGACGCCAUUAAUGGGAAGCGACCUCUAGACACAGACCGGUCAGUCCCAGACCAGCCAACCAAGAGGCCGCGCCUCACACCCUCUCCGCUGUCCGACCACCAUGUCAAAUUCAAUACCCUUAUCAAGGAAGCUGUAGAUAAGACUUCUGCGGUUUUGGAUUCCACAACUAAGUCGCCGUUGGAUAGAUCCCAAGUCUUAUCUAUUCAGGUACCUCUCCAUCGAAUCUUUCUCUUUUCCAGCACUGCUGCGAAGGCUACCGGUGUCCCAGUUCUUCAUCAGGUUGGGGGACUUGCCCAGGUCCUCGGUGCCCUUCAUGCCGUCCAAAUAACACCUGUUGUGAAUUCUGACCUGUCCACCGCCGUCUUUACAUGUCCUCCAUGCAAGAAGAGUUUUUCUGCUCUCUCCUAUCUUCGUACCCACGAAUCUCACAUGCACAAUUCUUCCCGGCCAUUCAAAUGCGACCAGUGUUGUAUUGGCUUUGAGACCCUAUCAUCCAGUAAUGACCACUCGCGCGCUGUUCAUGGCGGCAUGAAGCCCACCCUUCUCCAGUACACAUGUGAUAGCUGUCAUCAAAAUUUCCCUGAUCGGGAUGCGAUCCGAAACCACCAAAACGACCCUUGCUCGUAUCCCUCCUGUGCGGACGGAGUGAUUCGUGUUAUUGAAUCCCUAGCAGGCACCCCAUUUUUAGAGGCCGGUGAACUACCCCAAACUAUUUUGACAGAGGCGCAGGCUUCCGUCCUUCGACUCCAUGCCCAGUUACAGGAGCGCGUCGAACAGCUCUUGGAUCAUUCAGUGCCUGGAAAGGCCAAGCGCAAUAUUGGGGGAAGAGUUGGAGGGUGGCAAGCGCUAGGGCUCAUUGUGAGCCAAUGUGUUGACCCGAACCAUACCCUCCCACCGCCUCUGAGCAAUGCUAGUGCGCUACCACUACAGCUAGUCCAAUAUGGACUUAGCGAAGUCCAGGCAUCGGCAGUCAACAAAGCAAUCAAGGAAGCAUGCGCAACCGUGAAAGAAGCUUCAUUCGCUGAGGCGGGCAUCGAAGAAGCAAAACCCCGAAUUGAUGGCGAGGAAGAUGAGGAAGUGAAUGUUGUUGACGACGAGGAGUAGAGAGGGUUUAGUUGGAAGGGUGGUUGUCCCUACUUAUCAUGGACGGGUUCGCAUCUAUGGUACGCCAAGUGACUGCGUUUGUUAAUUAUUGUGACUGAUAUUCAACGAAACGAUUCAUCUUCCUACCCGCGACCAUACGUAGCUUUGUAUUUGGCUGAGUGGACUCUAAGCUCCUGAAUUGGAAGGAUAGUGUCUUGUUUCAUCUUCCUUCAGACGAACUGCUUCGGUGGGCAUCUGAAGACGAGUCACCACUUUGGUCACAUGGACGGUCAGUCCUAUAUCCAUCUUAGCAGUGCCGUCAAUUUGUGGCCUCCUGCACAGGCCUUACCUUUAUCCGCAACAGCAACGGGCCGUGGCAACAUUACCCAGCUCACGGUCGAGUUUCACGAUCCUAUCACUUCUCGGCUAUUGGUCCCCCGUGUUUGCUGGAUGCUGAUCGCGCAUUACAUGUAGCUACG